AUGUAUAGGGUGGAGUUACAUCAGCAGGAAGAGCUGCUGUCCAGAGAGCGCAAGGAGAGGGAGCAGACCAUAUUAAGAUACAAGAAGAUGUUGGAAGAGUCCAAAUCUCCAAAAUCUGAUAGAAAGGUUGAGCAAACAGCCAUGCAGCCAGAUGAGCUGAGCAGUGAGACCCAGCGCAGCACCACCAGGAACUCAGCUGAAGAAGAGAAGACCAGUGCCACCAACAAGGAAKUCUUCAGACGCAUCAAGGACGCCACCGGGGUCACAGAUACCAAAGAGAUUGUCCAACGCUUUAUCUCCCUGAAGAAGAUGCACCAAAAUCUUCAACAGCAGAAGAGGGAGAAGGAGGAGGUSCUGCAGCAGCUAAAGGAGCAGAAGGAGCUUCUGAAACAGGAACUCGAGGACAUGAAAAAUUCUGGGGCUGCUGAACGCUCACAAGAACAGCAGCAGCUGGAGGAGCGCGAGCAUCAGCUGAAGGCUACUCAGCAGAGGUGCAAUGCAGCCAAAGAGCGCCUGGACCUGUACAGAAAAACCCUCAGUACUGUCAGAGCUGGAGUGAAGCACCUGGCAGAGAGACUACAGCACAUAACACUGAACGAGGACGGCGUGUUUGAAGUGAGUCCGGAUCCUGAUGAGUUCGUUCCGGAGCUUCUGAAGCAGUGUGAGCUGAAGAUCCAGGUGUUAAAAACAGGGUUGGGAGGUCAGGACCUGGACACUCUGAUGAAGGAGAUGAAGAACGACGAGUUCUACGACUGGCUCGAGAAGAACCUUCCCGAGUCCAACACCAGGGUGAAACUUCUCCAGGACCGUACGCCGGAAUCCACCGAUGACGAGGACAAGAGCGAGAAGGACGAUCCCGAAGUUGUCUCCAGUGAGGAUCUGAAGCGCCAGUCUCAGAGGAUCAUCAAAGCCAACGCCACGAAGACCAGGACAGCAUCUUCCAGGACCAUCAGGAUCUCCUCCGACAAUCUCCGCUAAACUGGACCAUCAGAAACCCAAAGAGACUCGGCUGACUCUUAACUAAAAACAUUUCAGGUGUAAACAAAACUGUAACUACAAAUUAUACUUCAAUAAUAAUCUGUAUUCAUAUUUAUUACUGUUGUAUUUUGGUGCUUCUGUUAGUUUAUUUCAUAAAAACAUUUAUUAAAAAAAUCAACUCUU